AGCAGCCCAGUGGUGUAGACAGGCAGGGAAAGCCCUCAUACAUACACACUCACGGGCGCACACCGAGUCUGUGGUGAGCCUCUGUAACAGGCUGAAAACACCGGCUGAAAGACAGCGAAGCCAAGAGCUGUAGCAUCGAUUUGAUUUUUAUUUAUUUUUUAUUUUUUUAUCCAUUCAGUUGGGGGACAUGGCUGAUGUAAGUUUCAACGAGUCGUCCACCGGGGACGUCGCCAAUCGCUUCGCUCGCAAAGGCGCUCUGAGGCAAAAGAACGUCUUCGAAAUCAAGAACCACAAGUUCAUAGCCAGGUUCUUCAAGCAGCCGACUUUCUGCAGCCACUGCACCGACUUCAUCUGGGGUUUUGGAAAACAAGGAUUCCAGUGCCAAGUUUGCUGUUUUGUGGUCCACAAGAGGUGCCAUGAAUUUGUCACAUUCUCCUGCCCAGGGGCUGAUAAGGGGCCUGACACAGACGAUCCCAGGACAAAACACAAGUUUAAGAUCCACACCUAUGGAAGUCCCACCUUCUGUGACCACUGUGGCUCUCUGCUCUAUGGACUCAUCCACCAGGGCAUGAAAUGUGACACCUGCGACAUGAACGUCCACAAGCAGUGUGUCAUGAAUGUGCCCAGCCUGUGCGGGACUGACUACACCGAAAGGAGGGGACGUCUUUUCCUCAAGUGUGAGGUCGGCUCAGACAUGAUGCAGGUCACAGUGGGUGAAGGCAGAAACCUGAUCCCCAUGGAUCCCAACGGCCUCUCCGAUCCAUACGUCAAGCUGAAGCUCGUGCCAGACCCCAAAAAUGAGACCAAGCAGAAGACCAAAACCAUCCGCUCUAACCUCAACCCCAAGUGGAACGAGACCUUCACUUUUAAGCUGAAACCUACAGACAAGGACCGCAGGCUGUCAGUGGAAGUGUGGGACUGGGACCGUACCACCAGGAAUGACUUCAUGGGAGCCCUCUCUUUCGGCGUGUCUGAGCUCAUGAAGUCUCCAGUCUGUGGCUGGUAUAAGUUAUUGUGCCAGGAAGAAGGGGAAUACUACAAUGUUCCCAUCUCGGAGGAAGAUGACGGUAAUGAGGAACUGAGGCAGAAAUUUGAGGACCAAGCAGUUGUGGAAGACUCUGAUCAGAAAGCUAAACUAGGCCCAGGUAAAAAGGUGUUUGACGAGACGGACGAUAACCGCUCCAGCAAGCUGCCAUUCACCAGCCUGAGCCAAGUUAAACUGUCUGACUUCUCCUUCCUGGCUGUGCUGGGGAAAGGCAGCUUUGGCAAGGUCAUGCUGGCGGAGAUGAAGGCCAAUGAAGAGUUGUACGCAGUCAAGAUCCUGAAGAAGGACGUGGUGAUCCAGGAUGAUGAUGUAGAAUGUACCAUGGUGGAGAAGAGAGUCCUGGCCCUGCAGGACAAGCCGCCCUUCCUCACGCACCUCCACUCGUGCUUCCAGACUGUGGAUCGCCUCUACUUUGUCAUGGAGUACGUGAACGGAGGAGACCUCAUGUAUCAUAUCCAACAAAUUGGCAGGUUCAAGGAGCCUCAGGCAGUGUUCUAUGCAGCAGAGAUUGCUGUUGGUCUCUUCUUCCUGCACACUAAAGGAAUCAUCUACAGGGAUCUGAAGUUGGACAAUGUGAUGCUGGACUCUGAGGGACACAUUAAGAUUGCGGACUUUGGCAUGUGUAAGGAGAACAUGGCAGACGGAGUGACUACACGCACCUUCUGUGGCACUCCAGACUACAUAGCCCCAGAGAUUAUUGCAUAUCAGCCAUAUGGCCGCUCUGUAGACUGGUGGGCAUAUGGAGUGCUGCUCUACGAAAUGCUUGCAGGGCAGCCUCCGUUUGAUGGAGAGGAUGAAGAUGAGCUGUUCCAGUCCAUCAUGGAGCACAACGUGUCGUACCCCAAGUCCCUGUCAAAAGAAGCGGUUUCCAUCUGCAAAGGACUGAUGACCAAGCACCCGUCCAAGCGUCUGGGCUGUGGCAAUGAAGGAGAGAGGGACGUCAGAGAACAUGCCUUCUUCAGACGCAUUGACUGGGAGCGUCUCCAGAACAGAGAGAUACAGCCGCCCUUCAAGCCCAAAGUGUGUGGCAAAGCCGCAGAGAACUUUGACAAGUUCUUCACACGUACUCAGCCACAGCUCACACCACCGGAUGAGCUGGUUAUCGCCAACAUUGACCAGGCUGAGUUUUCAGGGUUCUCUUUCAUCAACCUGCAGUUUGUUCACCCAUCGCUCGGCAACAGCGUAUGAGACGGAUGGGAUUUACCUCCCCAUGAGGAACCUCCCUGCUCACUGCCACCCACUUAAGCCAACUGUACAUCUAACAUCUGACCACAACUUGAUCAAUAAUGUGUUGGUUCUAUUCAUUUAGGACAUGCAUAUUUGUUCUGCACAAUAUCUUUACUUUAUCAGAUUACAUAGAUUAGAUUGUUUUUCUUGCCACAGGAAGAAAUACUUCCCUUUAGUCUAAUAAUGAGCAUGUACUGUAGACUAUGUUGUCCUUUCUUUUUUUUUUUUAAACAUGACGGUUAUAUUGAAGUUAAAUGGAGGCACUGAGAGAGAAGGUUGUCAGGCUUCCUUUGUUGAAACUAGUAUACGUGCAGUCAAUUUAAAACAUUAUUUAAGGCAUGGAUUAUUCUAGAGGGAAUACCUGUACGCAAAUCUUAAUGGAUUAAACGUCAAAGCAUCCAGAUCUAGUUGGUAGGUUUCAGUUUCAGUUUGUUUCUGUAUGGAGAAUCAUGACAAAAUACAUAUAUAUAAAUAUAUUACUGUAUGAUGACUGGAAAAAGUCAGAUAUAAUGCAGUGUAGAUGCUAUAUAGCCAAAUAUGAAGGACAGGUGAUGCGGGAGUUAAAGCAGCACCUCGUAUUUCAAUGUUUCCCGUAUUAUGUUUACAGUUUAAUUCCCCCUUUAAUUUCUUGGUGGUGGUGUAAUAUUCUGCCUUAGUGCAAAUUGAUUCUAGGCAGUCUCAAAUUGAAGUGUGCGUAGCAAAUCAACAACAAAAGGAAAGUCAUGUAUGUAAUAGGUUUGUAUCAAAACUUCACUUAACUUAGCUCCUGUAAAUGUAUUUUUACCAGAUUUAGAAAGUAAUGAUCCACAAAAUGAUCUCUCUAGCCCUCACUAAGCUGCAGGUUCCUUACUUACCUUGUCCAGAACUUUGUGGACACACAAGCAACAGUGACUAGUUUUGUAUGUGGGCAGUGGCACAAUAGAUACCCUAAAUAUCUAACCUGAAAAGUUUACAGUCUCCCGUGUUUUAACUCUCGUCUGUGUUAACGCCUCCCACUCUGCCCGUUACAGAGCCUCCCUUUGUCAUAAAUGUCUUAAAAGGAACAGAGCAAGACAUUGUAAUAAACUCUUAAUAUUUUGUUAUCAGUGAUAUCAUUGUGUAUUAACCGUGCACUGUUUAAUUGCAUACAGUAUCAUAUACCCACAUCUUUUAGAUUUCUCAUAUACAGACGUUUCAAAUAAAAAAACUACUUCUGACAUUUAUUUUGUCCGUAGAACAAACUCAUUAGGAGUUUGUCCACGUAAUCGUUAUUAGCCAAAUAUGACUUUUACUUUUAUCGUGUUUAUUUUUGUUUCUUCAAUCCUUCAGCUUCACGUCUACUCAUCUUCUUUUCCAUGACGCAAUUAGUUCAGAUUAAUAGUUUAAUGUUUAAUCAGUGUCGAACUCAUUUGUACAUAAUCCUUAAACAGUUAUUUAAAAAGAGUAUAAGAAGUGACAGUUUUUACACCAACACCUGAAUGUGCUUUUAUUACAUGAAUUAGAGCCACCAAUAUUUCUAUGUAUAAAACGACUAGAAACAUAACCAGGUACAGAUCACCUUUGUUUGAACAACUCGAUGUCUUACAUAAAGUCCAGAUUUAGCCAGUUGUAAAACAUCUCUUCUACUUGUGUUGGCAGAUUUAGCUCCAUAAUAUUGAAUGAUUUUACUGCAGAUUGUGUGUUAAAUGAGUGCAUGUCUGGCUGUUGACUGUUCUUCCGUAUCUGCAUGCUGUCGGUAGGUAUCAUUCAUGCACGUGAUACGCUAAAUGCUGCAUGCUACAAAGUAUGAAACCCCAAAGAAUUACAGACGUACAAAAGUGACGCUCCACUCAGUCAUCGGUUGUGUUUGUUUCAUUCUUUUUGGAAAAGUAAAUGGUCAUGGUUAACUUCAGUUAUAUCUUAUGUCGAUUAUAUUGGGUUCCAAACGUCUAGGAGUUUGUUUUUUUUCCCAUUAACAACAGUAAUAAAAUGCUUAGCCAGUGUGUGAACGUGAAGAGUGCAUGACAACAGUGGUUUUGCCAAAAGAAAAACUGAUCGCAGGGACUGAAGGAAGUGGAUUCAAUAUUUUUUUUUAAUUUUCAAUACAAUUACUAAUUCUUUAUCUUAUUGAUUUAGUUCUAUUUGGACUCAGAGACACUGCUUAUUGGCCAGUGGGACCACUCGCUCUCCAGUGUCUCAUGAAUGAAGUUUGUGUUCUAUUUUAAAUGUUGUGUUGUUGUUGUCAGUUUGUUCUAACGUUAAAUCUAGCCAUUUAUUAUGUUAUUUUUUUGGCCGUUGUCAGUUUCUGUCAGUGUUGUGGUUGUUUUUAGUCCUCUGGCUCCCGCUUGUGUAAUUCAGGAAUGUUUAAAAAAAAAAAAUGCUUUAUUACAUUAGAGAACUCAUAUCCAACUGAUGAAGAUGCUAUAUUUUCUCCGUGUUUUUCUAAGAGUCAUCCUCUCCUGCCAUGUCUCCUGUCGUAUAUAUGACCUUUUAGCAUGUGCCAAACCUGGAAAAUGCCAGAUCCCAAUAAUAGCAGCGUUGCACUAGCUGUAGUCAUGUGGAUGACUUUGUUUGCGUGACAGCUUCUCUUUGUACAGGCUUAGACCGGCCUAAAGCCACACCUGAUGUACACUCAUUUAGCCAUAUUACAUACUGUAUACAGUGCUAGCAUGACGCCAUGAGUAUACUGGAGCAGUGUCAGAACAAUUUAAUAUGCCAGUCACUUUGAUAUUUUACUCCUCAUAUGUACGUACACAAGACUUUAUUAUCUUGCCUGUCUGUCCUUGGGCUGAAUUUGUGUCUGAAAAUCAUUUCAACCUUUUGAUUGAAUUUCCACAGAGAAUUUCCCAAACGUAAAGAAAAUAUUCCUUGAGCAUACUCUACUCUAGUCAGCAACAGUCUGGCCCUCGUCUGAGCUUAACCUGCACCUCUGUGUUUGCUGACUUAGUCGUCUUAAAUCCAUCCCUUUAACAGAAUCUCACGUCUUUCUUCUUGGGAGUGUUUUCAGAAAAUCAAGUCACAGUCAGUGAGUGUAAAAAAAAAAAGGAUCAA